CCUUCUUCUCUUCUCAUCUCCGAUUACCCACUAAAAACGAAGGUCUCGUGAUUUGAUUAAUAUAACCCCUUCUCUUUCGCCUCCUCCCAUGGCGGAGCUCAAAGAGCGGCUCCUUCCACCGAGGCCCUCCGCCUCAUCGGCCUCGACCUCCGCCCUCCUCCCCCCGGCCUCUAAACACCGCGAUUCCUCGGCCUCCGCUGCGGGUGGCGGCGCAGGCCGUCGCCCCCUCUUCCAGGGCAUGGACUUCCUGGGGCUCAAGAAGCGCGGCCAGGGCCUACGCUCCUGGAUCCGCGUCGACGCCGCCACGGGAAAUUCCCAGAUGAUCGAGGUGGACAAGUUCACCAUGAUGCGGCGCUGCGACCUCCCUGCCCGCGACCUCCGCCUCCUCGACCCGCUCUUCGUCUACCCCUCCACCAUCCUCGGCCGCGAGAAGGCCAUCGUCGUCAACCUCGAGCAGAUCAGAUGCAUCAUCACUGCCGACGAGGUCUUCCUCCUUAACUCGCUGGAUAGUUACGUCCUCCAGUAUGCCGUCGAGCUCCAGCGCCGCCUAGCCGCCCACUCAGGAGACGUCUUCACCGGCGGGAGCACCUCUCCGGACUACCUCCCCUUCGAGUUCCGGUCGCUCGAGGUCGCCCUCGAGGCAGCUUGCACCUUCCUCGAUGCCCAGGCAGCAGAACUAGAAAUGGAGGCAUACCCCUUGUUAGAUGAACUAACAUCAAAGAUUAGCACUUUGAAUUUGGAACGUGUCCGUCGCUUAAAAAGCAGACUUGUUGCAUUGACUAGGAGAGUUCAGAAGGUUAGGGAUGAGAUAGAGCAGUUAAUGGAUGAUGAUGGUGAUAUGGCUGAAAUGUAUCUCACUGAGAAGAAGAGACGAAUGGAAGCAUCAUUCUAUGGAGAUCAGUCUGUACUAGGAUACAGUUCUGCUGGGGCUGGAGUAUCAGUUUCUGCUCCAGUUUCUCCUGCUUCUUCACCACCUGAAUCACGGAAGCUUGAGAAGACCUUGAGCUUGUCCAGGAGCAGGCAUGAGAGUAUGAAAAGUUCGGACAGCACGACUGAACAUGUUGAGGAAUUGGAGAUGUUAUUGGAAGCUUAUUUUGUAGUCAUUGAUAGUACACUCAACAAGCUGACUUCGUUGAAGGAAUACAUUGAUGACACAGAGGAUUUCAUCAACAUCCAGCUGGACAACGUUCGGAAUCAGCUGAUCCAAUUUGAGCUAGUAUUGACAACUGCAACAUUUGUGGUUGCGAUUUUUGGUGUGGUUGCUGGAAUUUUUGGGAUGAACUUUGCUAUACCAUUAUUCGACAAACCAGGCGCAUUUGAGUGGGUACUCAUAAUCACUGGAGUGAGUGGUGUAAUUAUUUUCUGCUCAUUUCUAUGGUUUUUCAGGUAUAGAAGACUAAUGCCGCUAUAGAUUCUUGUGGACAGUGAGGGGAGAGCAUUCUCUCAUUUAAUUUGCUGUGCACAAGGACACUGAAAGGAUUAGGAGGUCCCUAUUUGUUUGUAUAUGUGUCGAUUCUUUCUAGUUUGCAGCCUAAUAUGUAAAUGGUGUGGAAAUUGAAUGUUGCUAUGGUAAAUAAGGUGAGAGUAAUUAAAUUUGAUAGUA